UACAAGACACACAAAAUGUCGGCUCCUGAUUACAGCUCCUACAGCCAGUCCAGUUCUCAGCCGGGGUAUGCUUCCUAUGCUGCUCCGGCUUCGCAAAGUUAUGGACAAUCUGCCCAGCAGAGUUAUGGCCAGCAAAGUUAUGGAUCAUAUGCCCAGCCUGCUGCUGCUGUUGACAAUUCGUACACCCAGGCAACCCCCACUGCCGGGAGUUAUGCUCAACAGCAGCCGCCGCAACAAUACAGCUCCUCCUAUGGCCAGGCAGCUCAAGCUGGCUAUCCCGCUGCCCAGUCGACAGCUCACAGUUACACUCAAGCCUCCCAGGCUUAUGGCGCUCAGGCUUAUGAUGGCGCUCCUGCUGCUGCUGCUGCUGCUGCUGCUGCAGCCGCUGCUGCUCCAGCCCCAUCCCAGUCUUAUGGGUCUCAGCCCGGUUAUACUGCUCAGCCUGCAUAUCCUGCUUAUGGUCAGCAGACAGCUCCUGCUGCACCGCAGAGUUACAGUGCGAACAGCCAGCCUACUGGUUACAGCCAAAGUAGCUACUCCCAACAGGCAGGAUAUGGCCAGCAGCAGUCUGGAUACCAAGCCCAGCAGACCAGCUACAGCCAACCUCAGAGUGGGUACCAGCAGCAAAGCCAACAGCAGCCUCCCCCUUCCUAUCCACCCCAGGCUGCUGGUUCCUAUGGGCAGCCCCCAGCCAGCCAGUAUGGCCAACAAGGUGGACCGCCCAGCUAUCAGUCCAGCCAUUACAAUAAUUACAGACAGGAUGGCCAGGGAGGAGGCUCUGGAUACUCAGAGUCUUCAAGGUACUCAGAGGGCAGGAGCCGUGACGGUUUUGACAGAGGAGGAAUGAUGCAUCGUGGCCGUGGCGGCAUGGGUCGUGGCAUGGGCAGCGCUGGAGACAGAGGUGGCUUCAGUAAGCCUGGUGGACACAUGGGCGGCGAAGAGCGUGAGAUGGGACGACCUGAGGAGCAAGACGAAUCAGAGAACUGUGCCAUCUACAUCACUGGCUUGACUGAGAAGGCCAACAUUGACGAGAUGGCUGAAUUCUUUAAGCACGUCGGACCAAUCAGAUUCAAUCGCAGGCUCGGUCAACUUGCCAUUAACAUCUACACUGACAAGGAUUCGGGAAAGCCCAAAGGGGAUGCCACCCUCUCUUACGAGGAGCCUGUCUGCGCCAAAGCCGCUGUGGAGCACUUUGAUGGUAAGGAGUUUCAGGGCCGCAAACUCAAGGUAUCGAUGGCACGCCGUAAAACCCAGAUCCCCAUGCGCGAUGGCAUGAUGGGCCGUGGAGGUAUGAUGGGCCGCGGUGGAGAUCGCGGCGGAUUCAUGCCUCGAGGUGGCCCACGCGGCAUGGGCCGUGGCGGACCUACUGGAGGCAACAUGCAACAGAGGGCUGGGGACUGGGAGUGCCCUAAUCCGGGUUGUGGGAACCAAAACUUUGCCUGGAGGAUGGAGUGCAACCAGUGCAAAGCUCCCAAGCCUGAGGGCAUGGGCGGUGGGCCUCCAUUUCCUUCUGGAGGUGAACGAGGCAGAGGUGGAAUGGGAAUGCGAGGAGGCAGGGGCAUGGACCGCGGCGGCCCCUCAGGUGGCCCCGGAGGUUUCCGAGGAGGCUGGGGAGGCGAUCGCGGUGGCUUCAGGGGAGGCGAUCGCGGCGGCUUCAGGGGUCGCGGCGGCAUGGACAGAGGCGGUUUCCGUGGUUCCGGCCGAGGAGGCCCACCCAUGGGUGGUAGAGGAAGGGGAAUGGGCCCACCUGGUGGCAAGAUGGAUAUGAGGGACCACCGCCAGGAGCGCAGAGACAGACCAUAUUGAAAAAAAUCUUCUUUAACCUUCCUUGUAUGGGAUUUGUUUUUUAAGAUGAGCAUUUUUAAUUUAUGAUUCUAUAUUGUCACAUUCUUAAAAUAAUGGCAUAAGUCAGAUUUGGCAAUUUAUUUUUUUGGGCCUCUUAUGUUGGCCACCUGCAACAUACAGAUCAUUCAGGUCAACCUCUCAAAUGAAGUUAAGUACAAUUUAAAUUGUAUUUGGUUCAUGUUUGUUAUGGGGCACUUCGGCCGUUUUACGAAGGUGACGAUAUGUUGAUAGAUUAUCUAACUGCUCUCAAACAUCCUGUGCAGUUUCUGUUUUUACUUUAUUCUAGUUUGUUUAUAUGCCUCCGUGUUAUGUGCAUGUCUUUUCUUUUUUUUAAAUGCAGGAUAGUUUUGUCAGUUAUCAACACAGUAUUUGUUGUAAAAUUGCCUGCCCCCUUUUCCUACAGAAAUUGUUGUGGGCAAUAAACCUUUUAUGGAUAA